AUGUCUCAGUCGGGAAGCAAAGCCGAUGGGGUGUCGCGUGCGAACUUUUAUCCCAGCCCGCCCACAUCGCCAAAGUCGCUCAAGGUCGCCGAUAAAUCAGCCCCCAGCAAAAGGAUCACGAAAUCAGAGGCCAAGUCAUCCAUCGAUCUCACCGAAACGGCAAAUUCACCCGAGAAGCCGACGGAAUAUGAUCGUCCAGUUACCCCCGCCGAAUCCACGACGGGGGAGAAGGAAGAUGGAUCCGAGUCCACGAAAGAGGCGGAGGAGCUUGACACUUGGAAAGCAGCACUGUCUCUUUCGGACAUGACAUGCGGAGCUACCAGAAAAGACAAAAUGUCUUGCGAGAACAAGAUUUCCGCCAAGAAGAUGCAGAGCAUAGACGACAUCGUCAAGCUCGUAAAGGGGCUUCCCAGCAACUCAUCGCUCGAGAUUGAGACACACCUCGAUAAUCUGGCCAAGAUAGCCCACUGUCAUUAUCAUGACCACCCACCGUCUCGAGAAGCGAGAGUGAGCCACUGGAUGACGGUGCUGCCGGGUGCGCGACCUGUGCCGUCCCCCCAAACGCGACUGCGCACCAUUUUGGGACCUGCGCCAGCCAAGUGCACUUCUGUCAAGAAAGACGGCAAACCGUGCAAUAAUCGAAUAGGAUCGGACAGGCGAUUUCACAUCAAGCAAACAACCAACGAAAUGAUAAAUUGGGCAAUGGAGCCGAAAGAGAAGGACCAUCAUCUAGCGGUUUUGGCCAAGGUCUUGGAACACUACAUGUUCUGCGAUGUGCAUCAAAAGUAUUGUUACGGGCAGCAAGACGAUUGGAAGAGACUCGUCAAUAAAUUCCGUGCAGCCUGUCAACAGGAGCGCAACGUGAGCAGUAGACUAGUCGAAGGACACACGGCCACAGCACAAGAGGGGAAUAUUCACGCCGACCGAAGCACAUUGACAUCACCUCCGCUCUCACCCGAGGGUCAAUUGCUGAUGGAUAAUCCACGCGCUUACUGGGAUACUGGGUACGAAACGAGUCGGUUCAGAAUUCUUGGCAAAAACGACAUGGUCGACGAGGAAAAGUCCAUCGUCGACGAGAUCCGCGAUACCGCGCGCGAGCUGCUCAACACCGACGCCAAUCGAUCCAGAAACGAGGUCAACUCCGGUUUCAUCUAUCUCUACCAAGUCCCUGGCAACGACGCCUUCGUCAAAAUAGGCUUCACCGGAGACGUCACCAAGCGGCUGGAGGAGUGGAAAAAAGACUGCCACCGCGAACCGGUCCUGUACCCUUUACCAGCCGCAGCCGUGGCCGUGCCGCACGCGCACCGCGUGGAGCGGCUGAUACACGCUGAGCUCAGGGAGCACCGGGUGCGGCUAUACUGCGAGCGCUGCGAGAAGCAGCACAAUGAGUGGUUCGAGACGUCCGUGGACAGGGCGGCGGCGGUGAUUGAGAAGUGGUUGCUGUGGAUGCGGGGAAGGCCGUAUGAGGAGAGGAAGACGCGGAGCGAGGUCAAGUGGUACUUGAAGGAGGCGGAGGCGAAGCGGCUUGCGGACGUGCCCCAGUUUCUGGAGGGUUUGGAAAAGGCUGCAAAGGCAGCUAAAGCUUCGGAAUAG